AUGUCGCUGAAUGUGUCGGGAUGCUCCAGCCCAGACGUGUCGGAGAUCAUCAAGGGCAAGUACCAGGUCUCGGAGCAGAACCACAACAAGAACGUGUACAGGAAGGAGGGUGACAGCUCCACUGUAGUGUUGAUUUACUACUGGGACGACAGGGACGGUCCCAACUUCCACGGCUGGUGGUUCGGGCCGAAGAUUGGCGGUGACCAGGUGUGGGCCUACAACGAGGACAAGGGCUCCCCGAACCCCCCUGGGCAGGGCUGGAAG